CUUUCUUCAUAAAUUUCUUCCUCACUUCCUUUCCUCCUUCCUUCCUCGCAUUCCUUCCUUCCAUGCUUCCUCGCUUGCUUUCUUCCUUGCUUCCUCGCUUCCUUCUUUCCUUCCUUCCUCGCUUCCUUCCUUCCUCACUUCCCUCCUUCAUUCCUUGCUUCCUUCCUUCCUCGCUUCCUUUUUUCCUCCUUCAUUGCAUUCUUGAUUCCUUCGUUUUUUCCUCGCGUCCUUCCUUUUUUGCUUCAUUCCUUCCUUCCUUCCUCGCUUCCUUUUUUCCUCCUUCCUUGCAUCCUCGAUUCCUUCGUUUUUUCCUCGUGUCCUUCCUUUUUUGCUUCAUUCCUUCCUUGCUUCCUCGCUUCCUCCCUCGCUUCCUUCUCUCCUCCUUCCUUGCUUCCUCGCUUUCUUGUUUCCUUGCUUCCUCGAUUCCUUCCUUCCUCACUUGCAUCUUCCCUUCCUUGCUUCCUCCCUUCCUCACUUCCUUCUUUCCUCCUUCCUUGCUUCCUCGUUUCCUUCAUUUUUUCCUCUCGUUGUUCUUUUGUCGCUUCAUUCCUUCCUUGCUUCCUUCCCUCCUUGCUUUCUCGCCUUCUUCCUUGCUUUUUUCCUUCCUUUCUUGCGUCUAUGCUUGCUUCCUUCCUUCCUUUCUUGCGUCUAUGCUUGCUUCCUUCCUUCCUUGAUUCAUCGUUUCCUUCCUUCUUUGCUUCCUGGCUUCCUUUCUUCCUCGUUCCCUUCCUUGCUUCCUUCCUUGCUUCCUCAGUUCCUUCCUUCCUUGCUUCCUUGCAUCGUUCCUUCCUUGUUCCCUCGCUUCCGUCCUUUUUUUCUUCCUCAAUUCCUUCCUUGCUUCCUCACUUUCUUCCCUCCUCGCUUUCUCGUUUCCUUGCUUCCUUCGUUCUUUGCUUCCUUGCGUCCUUCCUUCUUCGCAAUCUUUCCUUCCUCACUUCCUACCUUGCUUCCUCGCUUCCUUCCUUUCUCACUUCAUUCCUUCCUUGCUUCCCCACUUUCUUCUUUCCUCGUUUCCCUCUUUCCUUCCUUGCUUUUUCCUUCCUCGCUCCCUUCUUUCCCCCUUCUUUGCUUCCUCGCUUCCUUCACAAAUUUCUUCCUCACUUCCUUCCUUCCUUCCUUGCUUCAUUCCCUCCUUCCAUGCUUCCUCGCUUCCUUCCUUGCUUCCUCGCUUUCUUCCUUGCUUCCUCGCUUCCUUCUUUCCUUGCUUCCUCGCUUCCUUCCUUCCUCACUUCCCUCCUUCCUUGCUUCCAUUCUUCCUUGCUUCCUUCUUUCCUCAUUCCUUGCUUCCUCGCUUCUUUCGUUUUUUUCCUCGCGUCCUUCCUUUCUCACUCCAUUCCUUUCUUGCUUCCUCGCUUCCAUCUUUCCUCCUUCCUUGCUUCCUCGCUUCCUUCUUUCCUUGCUUCAUCGCUUCCUUCCAUCCUCACUUCCCUCCUUCCUUCCUUGCUUCCUUCCUCACUUCCUCCUUUCCUCCUUCCUUGUUUCCUCGUUUCCUUCAUUCUUUUCUCGUGUCCUUCUUUUCUCGCUUCAUUUCUUCCUUGCUUUCUUCCCUCCUUGCAUUCUCGCCUUCUUCCUUCUUUCCUUACUUACUUCCUUGCUUUUUUCCUUCCUUUCCUUGCAUCUUUGCUUGCUUCCUUCCUUCUUUGCUUGCUUCCUUCCUUCUUUGCUUCCUCGUUUCCUUCCUUCUUUGCUUCCUGGCUUCCUUUCUUCCUCGCUUCCUU